AUGACAGAACAAGACAACAUUCCAAUAUUAAAAGCAUCCGAUUUGGCUGAAGACAUCCAGUUGAAGAUAUUCGAGCUAGCCGAUCAAGCCAUUCAAAACUACAAAAUCGAAAAAGACAUUGCUGCAUUUUUGAAAAAAGAGCUAGACCAAGUGUAUGGUCCAACCUGGCAUGUUAUAGUGGGGAAAAGUUUUGGAAGCUAUGUCACGCACGAACAGGGUUACUUUAUCUACUUUUACAUUGGAGAAUUGGCAUUUUUAAUAUUUAAGAGCGGUUAG